AUGGUAAUCUAUAAAGAAAACGACACUGUGGUUGAGGCCUACAGCUCAUCUGAGCAAAGGGUGGCAGACAACACAUACUCUAUUGAUAAGAAGGCGCCAUGGGAUGUCGAGAGAGAUAUUGGAGAGGGUGAAAUGGACGUCGUUAGUUACCAAGAGGACGACGACGAUGACGAACUUUCAUCUCACCCAAAGUCCCGCUUUGCCCGUUUUUGUGACAUUCUGAACGGCGCUAACGCCGAGACGAAAGGUAUUGAACCGAUAACGGACGAGGAGAAAACAGACACCUCAUUGAUCAACGCUGCAUCGAUGUGGUUUUCCGCCAAUAUGGUCCUCCCAGCUUUAGCAAUUGGUGGUCUGGGCCCCAUGGUCUUCGACUUGAAUUUUGGUACCUCCGUUUUGGUCAUCAUCUUCUUUAACAUUCUCGGUCUUUUGCCAGUCGCAUUCUUUUCCCUGUUCGGAAUCCAACUGGGGCUAAGGCAAAUGACCCUUUCCAGGUACGUCGUCGGUAACAUUGCAGCCAGGGUAUUCUCGUUCAUCAAUUCAGUUGCAGGUGUGGGCUGGGGGAUCGUGAACACAGUCGCCGCUGCCCAAUUGUUGAACUUGAUCAACCAAGAAAGCGGGCAUAACUUACCCCUGUGGGCUGGCUGUCUCGUUCUGAUUGGAGCCACGUUGCUUGUGUCGUUCUUCGGUUACAAAGUCAUCCACUCUUACGAGAAAUGGUCCUGGGUGCCCAACUUCGCCGUCUUUCUGGUGAUCAUCGCACGUUUAAAGAAGUCCGGUAACUUCACGGGCGGUGAAUGGGGUUCUGGUAGAACAACAGCAGGUAACGUCUUAUCCUUCGGUUGUGCAGUUUUCGGAUUUGCAGCUGGCUGGACAACUAUAGCUGCCGACUACACGGUAUACAUGCCCCGGGAUAUUAAUAAAAAGAAGGUAUUCUUCUCGCUUGUCGCUGGUUUGUCAUUCCCAUUGUUUUUUGUCAUGAUUCUUGGGGCUGCUUGCGGUAGAGGUGGUUCCAACAACAAGCAGUGGUCCGAUCUUUACAAAAGCAACGGUAUGGGCGGCUUGACUUACGCCAUCUUGGUUCCAAGCUCGCUGCACCGUUUUGGGGAGUUUUGUUGUGUGGUAUUGAGUAUGUCAACGGUAGCUAACAAUGUCCCAAAUAUGUACUCCAUUGGGUUGUCCCUGCAAGCUACAUGGGGUCCACUAAACAAAGUUCCCAGAGUCAUAUGGACUAUCCUUGGGAGCCUCUUCGCCCUGGCGAUCGCAAUCCCUGCGUGCUACCACUUCAGCACCUUCAUGAACUCCUUCAUGGAUUCCAUUGGUUACUACCUGGCCAUCUACAUUUCAAUUGGGUUGACGGAACACUUUUACUUCAAAAAGGGUGAUUUCAGUAGUUACAACGUCGAGUAUUGGAACAAGUGGGACAAACUUCCAGUUGGUAUUGCAGGGACCGUGGCACUUGUCAUUGGUGCCUUUGGCGUCGCGUUCGGGAUGUCACAAACCUACUGGGUGGGCCAGAUUGCGCGCCCAAUUGGUAAAUUUGGUGGCGACAUCGGGUUUGAACUGGCCGCCGCUUGGGCUUUUAUCACCUACAUGAUUCUAAGACCGAUUGAAAGGAAAUAUUAUGGUCGCUAG